CACUGAUCAGAGGGGAAAGCAAAUAUCUCCUUUCCUCAUGGGACACAGAACUAGGCAGAACAGGAUCAGGGAGCGACCAAACCUACCAAGGCAGUCUCACUUCUCAAUGACUGGACUGUGUGGGUACUCUGCUGCAGACAUGCGUGGCCUCAGACUCAUCAUGAUACCAGUUGAGCUGCUACUUUGCUACCUCCUGCUGCACCCUGUGGAUGCCACUUCAUAUGGAAAGCAGACAAAUGUCUUGAUGCACCUUCCCUUGUCCUUGGAAUCCCAGACACACUCCUCAGACCCCUUGUCCUGCCAAUUUCUGCACCCAAAGUCACUGCCUGGUUUCAGCCACAUGGACCCUCUACCCAAAUUCUUGGUAAGCCUGGCUCUAAGGAAUGCCCUGGAGGAAGCUGGUUGCCAAGCUGAUGUUUGGGCUCUACAGCUACAGCUCUACCGCCAGGGUGGUGUGAAUGCUACACAGGUCCUCAUCCAGCAUCUUCAAGGGCUCCAGAAAGGCAGAAGCACAGAGAGGAACGUGUCAGUGGAAGCCCUGGCCUCUGCUCUGCAGCUGUUAACCAGGGAGCAGCAAAGCACAGGAAGGGUCCGGCGCUCCCUCCCCACAGAGGACUGUGAGAAUGAGAAGGAGCAAGGUGUGCACAAUGUCGUCCAGCUGCUGCCAGGAGUGGGAACCUUCUACAACCUGGGCACAGCUUUGUAUUAUGCUACUCAAAACUGCCUGGGCAAGGCCAGGGAACGAGGCCAAGAUGGGGCCAUAGAUCUAGGAUAUGACCUUCUGAUGACCAUGGCUGGGAUGUCAGGGGGGCCUAUGGGUCUAGCGAUCAGUGCUGCACUUAAACCUGCAUUAAGGUCUGGGGUUCAGCAGUUGAUCCAGUAUUACCAAGAUCAGAAAGACGCAAACAUCUCUCAGCCAGAGACCACCAAGGAGGGUUUGAGGGCCAUCUCAGAUGUGAGUGACCUGGAAGAAACAACCACCCUGCCUUCUUUCAUAUCAGAAGUAGUAAGUUCAGCUCCCUACUGGGGGUGGGCCAUAAUCAAGAGCUAUGACUUAGAUCCUGGGGCUGGGAGUCUUGAGAUAUAAAAGAACGUGGUAACCACAGAAUUAAUAACUGUACUAUCCUGACAAGCUGUAUACAUGUCUUCAAAAUUUUAAUCUCUGAAUUAUCCAGGAGGAAGGCUGUACAGUAAAACGUAGGAACGUAAAUGUUUGGGGGUUGAAGUCAGAGGGUUUGGUUUUGAAUCUAGGCUCCACUUGUUAGAGCCUCGGUGGUCACUGACUAGUAACUUCUUUCUUGAACUAAGAUGAGUUUUUAAAUUUCUAAAGGAGAUAGAAUGAUUUUAACCUCAAUGAGUUGCCCUGUAAAUUUAAAAUGAUACAAUGAAUCUAAAAUGCUUAUCACAGUACUUUCAAUAAAUAGCUAUUAGCCAGGUGCGGUGGCUCACGCCUGUAAUCCCAGCACUGUGAGAGGCCGAGGCGGGAGGAUCACCUGAGGUCAGGAGUUCAAGACCAGCCUGGGCAACAUGGCGAAACCCCGUCUCUACAAUAAAUACAAAAAAUUAUCCUGGCGGAGUUAUGCACGCUUGUAGUCCCAACUACCUGGGAGGCUGAGGCAGGAGAAUCACCUGAGCCCGGGAGGUCGAGGCUGCAGAGAGCCGAGAUCGCGCCACUGCAUUCCAGCCUGGGUGAUAGAGCGAGACCAUGUCUCAAAAAAUAAAAAAAAUAAAAAAUUGUUUUCA